CAGAACAGCAUCCUCAAAUCAUCAUGAUCUUCAGUAAAUAACGCAGAGAAAUGAUGACAUGGCCUCAAAGUCAGAGCAGCUGCUGAUCGUCGUCUCCAUUCUUGAAGGUCGUCAGUUUCCCAGAAGUCCGCGGCUCUCUCUGGUAGUGGAAGCUCGUUUUGAUGGAGAGACUCUGUCCACAGACCCCGUGGAGCACAAGGAACAGCCACAGUUCUGCACUGAACUGGCCUGGGAGCUGGACCGCAGGACCCUUCACCAGCACAGACUCCAGAGGACACCAAUCAAACUGCAGUGCUACGCCGUGGACUCCAGCACGUCUGCCAGAGAGAGUGUGGGAUACAUCGUCCUGGACCUGAGAUCAGUGCAGGAGAUCAAGCAGGCUCCUAAAUGGCAUCCUCUGCUCAGCAGUAAAUACACCAAACUGAAGCCCGCGCUGCUGAUCGGCAUGAUCUUAGAGAACGACAACAAACAAACAGCAGAAACCUUCAAAGCCAAGAAAGCUCCACCGAGACCAGGUUCUCCAGCUCUGCUUCCGCUGGACGCUGAAAAACUCAAAGCGGUUCUGAAUGAGGAGGAAGGUUUUCAUCAGAUCGGUCCUGCAGACGUCUGCGCUGAGAUGUUCGUGCUGUCGGUGACGGUCGCGUUUGCCACCAAACUGGAGCAGCUGAUCUCCAGCUCCGCUAAGCUGUCCAGCGAGGGCUCCGAGUUCUUCUUCUACUACACUCUGCUGGGAAACGACGUCACCAGUGAACCGUUCCAGAACCUGCUGAGUCCAAACUUUGAGCCGGAGCGAGCGUCGGUCCGCAUCCGCAGCUCUGAGCCAGUGUUGAGGCUCUUCUUCAGCCAGCAGCCCUGCCUACAGAUUCAUCUCUGCUGUGGAAAUCAGUCUCUGGGCAGCACUGACAUCAGUCUGGCGGGUUUAAUAAAGAGCAGUUCUGAUCUGAACAAACACUCGUGCACUAUUGAGGGCGCGUUCAUCCUGCAGCCUCCGAACCGCUCCAAACCCAGCCUGCAGACGGUCCCGGCAGAGCUGCAACCCACAGUGGGCAUUUCAGUAACACUGAGACCUGAAGACGUCAAUAAUCAGCUAGACAUGCCCACUGAGAAUGGCCUUAAAACUCCAGUGAAGAAAGGCCGUGUUCCAGCCGGCCGUCAGGAGGAGUGUGUUUCCCUGCGGAGCCCGUCAGCGCUCAGCAGAUCUCCAGAUCCUCCUCACAGGUCUCCACACACUUCACCUGAACACCGGCACUCUGAGAGCGAAGCCGAGAGUCUGUCAGGUGAUGUCACACAGGCCCCGCCCACAGCCCAUCACCGGCAGGCCUCGCCCACAUUGCAUGACAGACAUGCCCCACCCACAACACAUCAAAGACUGGCUCCACCCAUAUCAGAUGACAGGCUGGCUCCGCCCACAACACAUGAUGUUCCCGAUGUGCUCGUACGAACUGAAGCUGACGCCGCAGACUCUUCCGUCUCUGUUUCUGCCCCAAAGAUCUCCAUCCCAGCCUCCGCUCAUCACUUCUGCUUCUCUCUGGACCUGCGCAGCAUCCGAGACCUGAGGACCAGCUCACCUGUUAACUGCUACCUCAGAUAUGCAUAUCAGUUCUUCGGCAGUGCUGCUCCCAUCAUGACCAGCCCGGCGGUGGAGGUGAAGAAGAGCACGGAGGUGUUUUUACCACAGUCUUACUGCGCUUUUGACUUCGCAGCGCUGCCCAAUCAGCUGCAGGACACUUUCCUCAGGGUUCCUCUGCUGGUGGAGAUGUGGCACCGAGAGCCGGGUUCUGGAGAUGUUCUGCUGGGUUCAGUCAGUAUUCUUCUGUCUCGGCUGCUGAGCUCAGAGAAAACUCGAUUCCUGGACGCGUCCGGCCGACAGCACUGGAGGAGGAGCUGCACAGAGAGAGUCCCCAUCAGGACAGCAGACGGGUCUGAGAAGCUGGCUGAGCUCUGUUAUGUGGCCGUUCUUGAAGAUCUGGGCUUCGUGAAAACUCAAGACAUCCUCGUCUCGGAAUCCUCACAGGGGCCAUCAGCAGCAGCGGCUCCUCCUGAGGGCCCCAGUGAGACUCUCACUCGACCCCGAGAGACCCUUGAGUACAAGGCAGCGCUGGAGCUAGAGAUGUGGAAGGAGAUGCAGGAGGACCUGUUCGAUAACCAGCUGAAGCAGAAGGAGCUGAACCACAUGCAGGCGCUGGCGGAGGAGUGGAGGAAGAGAGAUCACCAGCGGGAGGCGCUCAUCAAGAAGAAGGAGCUGGAGUUCAGUCUGCUGGAGGAGCAGCUGCAGAAAACACUGGCCGAUCUGGAGCUCCGAGAGAAAGCCCUGGCCCACGCCACGCAGCGGCUGCAGAGAGAGCUGCGCUGUGAGCAUGAGUUGAGUCUGCGGGAGCUGCAGGACAGCGGCCGGCGUCUGCGAGAGGACUGCCAACAUCAGCUGGAGCUGCAGAGGGCAAAGGUCACGCAGCUGGAGGAUCAGCUGACCCGACAGCGACAGCAGACGCAGGAGGCUGAGAGUAAACACCGUCAGCUGGAGAAAGAGUUCCAGCAGUUCCGGGAUCAGCAGAGUGUCCGUCCAGAAGCCCGACUGCAGUCCGAGAUUAACCUGCUGACCCUGGAGAAGGUGGAGCUGGAGCGUAAGCUGGAGUCGGCCACUAAAUCUAAGCUGCACUAUAAGCAGCAGUGGGGGCGAGCGCUGAAGGAGCUGGCCAGAUUCAAACAGCGUGAGCAGGAGAGCGCUCUGUGUCGUCUGAAGAAGCAGCAGCAGGAGCUGGAUCAGAUGCGUCUGCGCUUUCUGGCCGCUGAAGAGAAGGAGACGGUGAAGAGCGACAAACAAGAGCUGCAGGACAUACGCAACCAGCUCAACAGGCUAAAGCAGCAGGAGGAUCCGCCGCGCGGUUGGACAGACGCAGCACAGGUGUGUGUGACGGAGAGCGCAGAUGAACACGUGACGCGUCUGCUGGAGGAGAGAGACACACUGCUGCGCACCGGCGUAUACACACACCACGACCGCAUCAUCGCUGAGCUGGACCGGCAGAUCCAGCAGGCCAUCAAGCCCUCCUGAACACACAUGCUCACUCACAAUCAUACUCAUAUACACACACACACUCGCAUUGACAUGCAUACACACAUAUAUGUACAUGCACACACUCACUCACACAAACGUGCCCACAGACACAUACAUGAACUCACACACAGAUGUGCAUAUACACACUCUUCCUCAAAUCCGAGUGUGUGUGUUCAGCAGGGGGCGCUGUUUCUCAACAGGUCACUUUAUUACAGACUCCUCAUCAGGGCUUCAUGUCUGACUUUAUUUAUAGUGUUUCUUAGUGUUUUUACUUCAUUUAUGAAUAUGCUUAAUAAAUAUUUUCCUGCCGUUCA